CCACCCCAAAAAAAAAACAAAAAUCAGAAAGAAGAGAGAAGCAAAAGAGGGUAACCAAACCAAACUGCUAACUGCUAAACACCAACAAGUGAGCCAAAGAAUGUUGAAUUCGACCUCAAAUCAGCUUAUCUUGUUGUGCUUCGUUCUAAUCUUUGGCACUGUCACCGCCACUGACCACAUUGUCGGUGCUAACAAAGGCUGGAACCCUGGCAUCAACUACACCCUUUGGGCCAACAACCACACCUUCUAUGUUGGAGACCUCAUCUCCUUUAGGUACCAAAAGAACCAAUACAACGUGUUUGAAGUGAACCAAACUGGGUAUGACAACUGCACAACAGAAGGAGCACUAGGAAACUGGAGCAGUGGCAAGGAUUUUAUACCUCUCAAUGAGUCCAAGAGGUACUACUUCAUUUGUGGGAAUGGCCAGUGCUUCAAUGGCAUGAAAGUUUCUGUCCUUGUUCAUCCACUGCCUUCACCAGCUGCCUCACCCGUUGCCAACCAUACAUCGAACAGCUCUGCCGCUGCGCCGAUAGUUUUGCCUGGGGGCGUGGUCGGUUUGAGGGCUUUGGUUGUGGCAUUAGCUUCUAUAUGGUUUGGAUCUGGGUGGAUCUAGCAGGAGUUUCAGUUGGUUAUCCAAGCUUAGUGAACCGCAUUUUUUUUAACUUCUAAAAUGUAACAUUUCUUCUGCUUGUUUCUCUAUCAUUUUCUUAAUUUAUUUAGCCAAAUUGGUAGUCUUUCAUUGAUGAAGUGAUCGACUUGAACUCUCACUAAUUUGCCUCUUCUCUUGGCUCUUCACUCCAAGCCUGGAAGGCCAGUUUCUUUUAUCAAUGUGAGCGUGCUCUGACUCAUUUGAAGUG